AUGACUCUGCCAUCGGUCCUGUACGCGUCUCUCGUGGCAAGCUUCUCUUCUGUCGUGACAAUCGUCUCGAUUCUCGUCCUCCUUCGAACCAGCCACGACAACAUCAUCACCACCCUGUUUGACCGUGUACAGUCUCCCUCUGCAUCCAACGACUUCCCCCAGCCGCGUGACAGCCUCGCUGCCGGACUCACAUCUGUAAGCUUUGUCAUGAAGCCAUGGACGCACCCGGCUUUCAGCAGGACGCUACCGUCAAACGAGUCCGAGUUCUGGGACUUGCUUGUCCCGCCCAGUCAAGGGUUCAUCAAAGUCGACAUGCACGACGGCAAGGAGCACGUCGUCGGGAUAGCCAUGUUCCACCAGCUGCACUGUCUUAAAAUGAUCCGAAUCGCCAUGUUUGGCACAGAGGAAGAGAAACUCAUCCUGAAGCGCGGCGGGCUGUUGAAAGAUCGACGAGACCACAUCAAGCACUGCUUCAACUUUGUAGCGCAGGUUAUUUUGUGCGCGGCGGAUGAUAGCUUCGAAAAAUCCAUCAACAGGUUGAGCGACGAAGCCGAGGCCGGAGGGGAUCAAGAUCCGCUCUUGGGAAGCUGGCAUCAGUGCCGGAAUGCUACGCGGCUUUACGAGUUUUUGCAGCAACACGAAAAGGCCCCUGUUGAAGGAUCCGUCCUGGGCAGAUAUUCUGUUUUCCAUUGA